UGCGCGCACACGGACGAGCCUGGCAACAAGGUGUAAUGAAAUGGCCACAACGCUGGUGUUAUUCUUCUUCAAAUAACCCCGAGUCAAAUGAACAAAAGACGUCAAACGUUUGACAUUAAUUGUACACAAAUUACAUCCGGCUUGUUACGUUUUCACCAUGCCGAGCAGUAAGCCAGACAAACAGGAGGUCAGUGAUAAUGUCAAAGUUGUGGUGCGAUGUCGUCCCCUCAACCAGAAAGAAAAGGCGAUGGGCCACAAGCAGUCCGUCACUGUGGACGAGAUCCGCGGGACCAUAACCGUGAACAAACUGGAGACCUCUCAGGAGCCUCCUAAAACCUUCACCUUUGACACUGUGUUUGGACCUGACAGCAAACAGCUGGACGUCUACAAUCUCACUGCCCGCCCCAUCAUUGAUUCAGUGUUAGAGGGAUAUAAUGGCACAAUUUUUGCAUAUGGGCAAACCGGCACAGGAAAAACAUUCACCAUGGAGGGUGUGAGAGCAGUGCCGGAACUCAGAGGGAUAAUCCCAAAUUCUUUUGCUCACAUUUUUGGUCAUAUUGCCAAGGCAGAGGGUGACACCAGAUUUUUGGUUCGUGUUUCGUACCUGGAGAUUUACAACGAAGAAGUGCGGGACUUGCUCGGCAAGGAUCAGAUGCAGAGACUUGAGGUCAAAGAAAGACCAGAUGUCGGUGUCUACAUCAAGGACCUCUCAGGUUAUGUUGUGAACAAUGCUGACGACAUGGACAGGAUUAUGACUCUGGGUCACAAAAACCGGUCUGUUGGGGCUACAAACAUGAACGAGCACAGCUCUCGAUCUCAUGCUAUCUUCACCAUCACCAUCGAGUGRAGUGAGAAGGGUGUCGACGGUAACCAGCAUGUGCGCAUGGGGAAGCUUCAUCUGGUCGAUUUGGCGGGUUCGGAAAGACAGGGCAAGACUGGCGCCACGGGGCAGCGUUUGAAGGAAGCAACAAAGAUCAACCUCUCCCUCAGCACGCUGGGGAACGUCAUCUCUGCCCUGGUGGAUGGCAAGAGCACACACGUUCCCUACAGAAACUCAAAACUGACCCGUCUGCUGCAGGAUUCACUGGGAGGAAACUCCAAGACCAUGAUGUGUGCAAAUAUUGGCCCUGCGGACUACAACUACGAUGAGACCAUCAGUACCCUGCGCUAUGCUAACAGGGCUAAAAACAUCAAGAACAAAGCCAGAAUCAACGAGGAUCCAAAGGAUGCUCUGCUGCGGCAGUUUCAGAAAGAGAUCGAGGAGCUGAAAAAGAAACUGGAAGAAGGCGAAGAGAUCUCCGGCUCGGAUGGCAGUGGCUCAGACGACAUGGAUGAAGGUGAAGAUGAAGCAGGGGAAGCAGGAGAAGGUCGCAGGAGGAGGAGGGGAAAGAAGAAGGUUUCUGCAGACAAGAUGGUGGAGAUGCAGGCAAAGAUCGAAGAGGAACGAAAGGCUUUGGAGGCCAAGCUGGACAUGGAGGAGGAGGAGAGGAACAAGGCGAGAGCAGAGCUGGAGAAGAGGGAGAAAGACCUCCUUAAGGCCCAGCAGGAACAUCAGCUCCUCCUGGAGAAAUUAUCAGCCUUGGAGAAGAAGGUGAUAGUGGGUGGAGUGGAUCUUCUUGCCAAGGCUGAGGAGCAGGAGAGGCUCCUGGAGGAAUCCAACAACGAACUCGAAGAGCGACGCAAGAGAGCAGAGCAACUGCGUAAGGAGCUUGAAGAAAAGGAGCAAGAACGACUAGACAUAGAAGAGAAGUACACAAGCCUGCAGGAGGAGGCUCAAGGAAAGACCAAGAAGCUGAAGAAAGUCUGGACCAUGCUAAUGGCUGCUAAAUCAGAAGAGAUGAUAGAAAAUUAUGUGCACUGGAAUGAAGAUAUUGGAGAAUGGCAGCUGAAAUGUGUGGCUUACACUGGAAACAACAUGAGAAAACAAACCCCUGCUCCUGACAAAAAAGAAAAAGAUCCGUUUGAGGUGGAUCUGUCCCAUGUCUAUCUGGCGUACACUGAGGAGAGUAUGCGCCAGUCACUGAUGAAACUAGAGAGGCCCAGAACCUCAAAAAGUAGCAAAAGUGGCCGACCCAAAACGGGACGCAGGAAAAGAUCUGCAAAACCAGAUGCGGUGAUCGAAUCCCUUCUACAGUGACGACACUCGAGAGGAGGUCCACAUUUCACACCAACUUUCAUGUAUAUAUUAAAAAACAAGGAAUUAGUCCCACUAAUGUUUGAACAAARAAUUGAAGAUUUUUUUGUGUACACUGUAAGGUUUUAAAUGUGAACAAGCUGCACCUUUUAGCAAGAAAAACACCACAUGGAGGAAAUAAAAACAACCUGAUGGAUGUACUGUAAAAGACGUUCACCCUGAGGAGGACCACUCCUGUCCGAAAUUUUGACAAGUUUCUGUGUUUUCACACAGAUCUGUCAGAUGUAAAAUUAGCCAGAUUGCUGAAAAUGAAAUUGCGGUAGUGACCUACUAACUUGAUAACGCUCAUUUUCUCUGAAAUGUGCUGUGUUACGUUAACACACGUCUAACCCAUCAGAGAUGAAGAUUGUUUCAGUCAUUUCCUGCAUUGUGAUCGGUAGAUUAAAGUUAAACAAACCACUACAACAGUCGUCAUUGGACUCCAGUUAACACCAAUUUAUUCUACUCCUAAAAUGAGCCAAGGCCCCAUUGUUGAGUUCGGUUGACACCAAGAAGAUAAAAGUUUGUAAACUAUCAUUAUAAAUGAUAUUUAAAGUGUUUUCUUUUAGGUCAGAAGAUUGAAGCAUGCAUGCCAUUCAGCUCUUAGUCUGUGCCAUUUCUUACACUAAACAGGUCACAUUUUUAUUUCCACGUCUGAACGCUUGUGAGAUGCACCAUAGAUAAUGUAUGCCUUAGUAUAUGUAUAUAUAAAAUGCACCAGUGUAGGGUUAUUUGCUUUCAUGAUGUUCUGUAGUGAAUGAAACCUAACUUUUAUUUUCUAUCAUACUGUAUGUCAAAUGUUUACACCGACAAACCUCUGGAUUUUAUUUAUUAAAUUAUUAUAUCAGUCAUA